AUGGAUCUCUCUAUCGAGUCUUCUUGCACGAAUUUGUUCAACGACACACUCUUGCAAGCACCAUUAACACCGCUGGACCCUCCCGAAACUCUUCAAAUUGCCAAAGCCCCAAAACCUUCGCUAGAAUGGAAUGAUAUGCCUACAGAGCUCCGACUUCUGUUCCUUGAGAAGAUUGCGUGGCUCACCAAGGUUUAUCCGCCGCCUAGGAAGGGCAGCUUGCCUACCGUCUGCUCCGAAUGGCGGGAUUUCUUCGAAAGACGCAACUUUAGGUCCUUGAGGGUCAAAGACUUUGACGACUUAAUACAACUAAAUCUUUUGGUCAACGGUCGUCGCGAGGCCUUCGUCAAGUAUAUUGUGCUUUUUGUCGAUCUCGGUACCUACGAUUGCCGUCACUGCGAUCAGGCAGAGGGCGAUGCCGAAAAAGCGUGGAAUAACAUCGUGUUCGGCAGGACGUUGUUGUUGCUCUUCGAAGUCCUUUCAACUUGGAACUUAGUAGACCAAAAACCGAAGAACAAUGGCCUGACCUUGGUGCUGGGUGCCGCUUCAAGGAGUGAUGUACAGCACAAUUAUGCGACGUUUGGAGGCAUCGAGCGCGCUGCGGUGGAUCGGGAGCCGCAGCAUUUGAUACACUCUCAAUCCCGUCACUUCUCACGAGAGGGUUGCAAGAAACGCACCCUCGGCAGUCUUCUAGACUUUGAUAUCGGUUCUGGUGAGAUGGUCUUCGACGAUCCCACCAACGACAAAGAGUGCGUCAAGGUUCCGCAGGUUCGGAUGGUCAGGCGCUUCCUAAUUGAUCGCCGUUAUUACCGGAGUCUAUCGGCGCAGGCGCUUGAUCUGAUUCUUAGGCGCCUACCUUGCUUGGUUGAAAUCAAGUACGUGUACUGGUGCGGCAUCGACCGCGAGGAGCAGAAGCCUUGGACGACGCUCCAGUUCCUGGCCCUCACCUCUCACAGCACCAUGAGACCCGACGCCAGUCCGCUGCUGGCGAACCAGCUCCUGGUCGCUGCAGCGAAUGCGGCAUUGCACAUGCCCAAAUUGGAAACUAUGGAGUUGUGGAAGAGCUGGAGGGAGUAUGGGACGUUUGCGUUUCGUUAUGCAGUGCUUGACCGCGCAACCAUUCUCGAUGUUGGGGCCGCGUGGCCUUUCGAUUUGGAACAAGACGCUCGAGAUGCGUGGGACCUGGUAGCAUUUUCAAACACGCGUCAUCGCCUGAGCAAGAGGUUUAUCGACUCUGCUGCUCUGACAAGUGGGCAUAGUCUUAGUAAAACGAUCCGGAUGCUGGGGUAUUGA